UCAGCAAACCCCUUCACACUGACUCAAUCAUUGAUCAUGAAGCUGCAACUCCCCAAUCCGGGCCUGGAGGACAGGAUAUUGUCCCAUCAACAGCUGGACAAGCUGGAGGAGGAAGAGGCUGGAGACGGACCAAAAUGGGACAACAAGGCCCAGUACAUGCUGACCUGUGUGGGGUUUUGUGUGGGACUCGGAAAUGUCUGGCGCUUCCCCUAUCUGUGUCAGAGUCAUGGAGGAGGUGCAUUUAUGAUACCAUUUCUGAUCCUACUGGUCCUUGAAGGAAUCCCACUUCUGCAUCUGGAGUUUGCCAUCGGUCAACGUUUAAGAAGAGGAAGCUUGGGAGUGUGGGCUACAAUUCAUCCUUAUUUGACUGGCAUUGGUAUUGCAUCCAUGUGUGUAUCUCUGACAAUCAGUCUCUACUACAACACCAUCAUUGCCUGGAUUUUGUGGUAUUUCUUCAACUCUUUUCAAGAGCCUCUGCCAUGGAGCCAAUGUCCCACGAAUACCAAUUUAACAGGAUUUAUCUCAGAGUGUGAAAGGAGCUCCCCAGUGGAUUAUUUUUGGUACAGGGAGACCCUGAACACAACUCCCACAAUUGAAGAGGAUGGUGGGCUGCAGUGGUGGAUACUGUUAUGCCAUAUUUGUGCAUGGUCUGUGCUCUAUAUCUGCAUCAUUCGUGGGAUUGAGACAACUGGGAAGGCCGUGUAUGUGACAUCAACCCUUCCCUAUGUGGUGCUCACAAUAUUUCUGAUAAGGGGACUGACCCUGAAAGGCUCUUUGAAUGGAAUAAAGUUUCUCUUCACCCCAGAUUUAACAGAGCUGGCAAAGCCAUCAACAUGGCUUGAUGCGGGUGCUCAGGUUUUCUAUUCCUUCUCUCUGGCUUUUGGUGGUCUCAUUUCCUUCUCCAGCUACAACUCAGUGCAUAACAACUGUGAACAGGAUGCAGUGACCAUCUCUAUCAUCAACGGCAUCACCUCCGUCUACGCUGCAACUGUCAUUUACACCAUUAUCGGCUUCAGAGCAACAGAGAGAUUUGACAACUGUCUUUCUGGAAACAUCAUAGCACUACUAAAUGUGUUUGACCUUGCGGAGGGAGAUAUCACUGACAGCAACUAUAAUCAGGUUGUUCAACGUCUCAAUGAAACACACCCUGAGGUUAUUCAAGGACUGGAUCUGAAAACCUGCAACUUGAAUACUUUUCUCAGUGAGGGAGUUGAGGGAACUGGUUUAGCCUUCAUUGUGUUCACUGAGGCUAUCACCAAGAUGCCCCUCUCACCAGUGUGGGCCGUCCUUUUCUUCAUAAUGCUCUUCUGUCUUGGCCUGUCAUCUAUGUUUGGUAACAUCGAGGGAGUUCUAGUGCCACUGCAAGACCUCAAAGUUUUCCCUAAGACAUGGCCAAAAGAGGCUAUCACUGGUGUAACGUGCAUGCUCUGCUGUCUGGUGGGUCUAAUAUUUCUCCAAGGCUCAGGGACCUAUUGGCUUUCACUCUUUGACACCUAUGGAGGAUCCAUCCCUUUGCUAGUUGUAGCUUUCUGCGAAAUGGUCACAGUGGUUUACAUAUAUGGGAUAGACAGGUUCAAUGACGAUAUAAAGUUCAUGAUUGGACACAAACCCAACUUCUUCUGGCAGGCAACAUGGAGAGUCAUCAGCCCGCUCAUUAUGCUUUUCAUCUUGGUCUUUUACCUCGUGACUAAAGUUUCUGAAAAGGUCUUUUACAAAGCGUGGGAUCCUGAAUCGGAGAAAUUUCCUACACUUGAGGAAAAGCCAUAUCCAGUCUGGAUCUAUGUGAUCAUCUUCAUAUUGGCAGGAAUACCGAGUAUUGCUGUACCUUUUGUUGCGCUCUGGAAAUGUAUUAAGACAAAGAAGAGUGACAAGUCACACCUCUACAAUAUCUCAGACCAAAUUCAAAUGAACAAAUCCGUAGCCUAA